AAAUUAAAUUGUUUACAUCGGCGAACGAACAUUUGCGCGACGGCCAACCAAGCAAGUCAUUCCCAGCUUCUUCUCGAAGGUGCCGGUGUAUGGAUUUAUUUCAACUUGUUCGCAAAAUUUAGCCGAACGAACCUAUGAAACAGUGUACGUGCGUGUUGUUUUCGUGAACGUGCCGUGAAAAUUUUGCCAGCAUACGAUGGCCACCCGUUCCGUAACCGUGCUGACUGUGCACGGCCGCCGCCAGACAGUGAAGGUGGAACCGGACAUGACAAUUCUGGAGAUACUGGAGACUGUCUGCCGUAAGUACAACUUCCCACACGAUGAGUACGAUCUGCUGCAUCACAACAAGGUGCUUGACUUAACGAUCAUGUUCCGCUUUGCUGGCAUUCCGAACAAUGCCCUGCUAGAAAUGGCAAAGGCAAAGCAAAUACGUACCGAGGACGAGGUGAUUGUGCAGCUGCAGCUGGAGGAUGGUACGCGCAGCAACAAUGGAACGUACAAACCGUCGCAAACGCUGCUGGAUGUGUUGCUGGAGCUUUGCCCAGCGAAAGCGACGGCCGAAGCGCACCCGGUACUGGUGUAUAUGCGACGGGAGGUAUACUGGGAGCAGCUUGGAAAAACCACACUAAAAAGUCUCGGACUGACACGUGGACGAGCGGCACUUCGAUUGUUGCAGCGCCGUGCGGAAGAACCAAAAAUGCAGGCCAACGUUUCGGCACCAUUACCACAACCGGUACGCCGGGAAGAACCUGCCAAACCAGUCACGACUGUGCCUUUGAGCGAAGCCGCUACUUCGGAUGCCGCGAGUCCACCCGAAGCAGUGAAUCCUGAACCAGAUACGCCGAGCUUGGUAGAAGCUGUGGUGCCUGAACCAAAAGCGGAGUGUCCUCCAGAGCGGAUCGAAGCAACGAAAGCGGUUGCGGAAGAGGAACAACCGGAAAAGAUGAAUGUACCUACGGAUGAUACAAUGGGCGAACAGCAAGAAACCGAUACACCUCGGCCGGAAGCGCAAAUUACGAUACUGGGUGGACGGGAUGCAGUGCUUUAUCAUGCAUCGACCGCGGAACGCGAACAGGCGGAUGUGGCAGACUCAUUCUUCGAUCUAACCGUGCCGGAAAUGAUGCAACUGUACAAGCAAUUGCAGGAUCGCGUAAAAUCGUUUGAAGAUGCACCGCUUUUGACGGGCGAGCUCAGGGAGCUGGAGCGCAACCAACAGCUGUUGAGUAACAUGAACCGGUACCGGCAAGCGGUAAUUAGGGUACAAUUUCCCGACCGUCACAUCCUGCAGGGAGUGUUUCAGGUGUACGAAACGGUCGGACAUGUGGUGGAGUUCGUACGUGGUUACCUUGCCGAUACGAAUCAAUCGUUUUAUCUGUAUACUACACCGCCGAAGGUGGUUUUGCAACCCACGGUUUCGUUGCUCGAUGCCGGCUGUUUUCCGCAGGUAUUGCUACACUUCAGCUACAACCCUGCGCCCAGUGACAAUACGAUAGUUCCGGCCGGGUUUUGUCUACAGCCGGAACUGCUCGGUCGACUCUCGAACGCAACCGGUGCUGCCGUGGUUGCAAUGCGUGCGAAACGGAACACAACGACGGGCACAGGAAGUAGCAACGAGCAGGAAACCACGGCUGCCAGUAACGCAGAGUCAGCUGUCAGCACCACACAGGAACCGAUGGUGGCCGGUCCAUCCAACCGCAUACCGCACCGUAACUUCAGACAAUCCUCAUCUCCCUCGACCACGCAAACGACGAGCGAGCGGGAAGCGAAAAUAUUGAAAUUUUUGAAAAAAUAGACAACGGAACGGAUUACCGAGUAGUAGAGCACACCACGGUUCAUUUACCCCCUUUAAAUCAUCUUUCUUUUGGUAUUGGAUAAUUGAAGGAGGGUUUGAUGCUGCACCUGCACAGAGCAAUCAAUUACAAAUCCACAAACCGGUACGGAAAGGUGACUGGAUAUAUUUGCCCAAUAAUGCAAGGUUUCGGCAAAUAGUUAGGAUAGAGCGAAGGCGAUCGGUUGUUUCUUAAUUAUUAAAUUUGUAAAUUCGUUACUAUACACGUUGAUUUGUUUGUUUCUCACGGUUUUUUUUCCUUUUUCGCUCACUCAUUCGUUCCUUUUGUUAACUUCCUCGCUUGAUCUACUGCCCCACACAUCAAAAGGGAAGUACAAAACCGAAUUGAAAUUAUACGAAAUGGUAAAUAAAAUUUGCCAACAAUUAUUCUCCAAAAACAAAACAAAAAACAAACACAACCCGGCACAAUGUGGUUCUAUAUAACGAAAA